AUGACCGUGUCCUCGCAUACCUCGGGCGGCCUGACCGCCAGCCAAGUCGACUCCUUCAACCGCAACGGCUACCUCAUCAUCGAGGACGCCCUCUCAGCGUCCACCGUGCAGUCCCUGCUGGACGAGACAAACUCCCUACUAACCAACCUCAGCCUCGCCGACCACCCAAUGACCAAGUUCAGCACGGGUGGCGAGGACGGGCAGGACCACGUGGGCGACGACUACUUCCUGACGUCAGGCGACAAGAUCCGCUUCUUCUUCGAGGAGGACGCCUUCGACCCCCAGGGAAAACUGACCAAGCCCAAGGAGAGGGCCAUCAACAAGAUCGGCCACUACCUGCACGCGCUCAGCCCGCCCUUCGCAAAGCUGCUGGGCGGGGACAAGGGCGCCGCCUCCGAGGCCGUCCCCGCCGAGAUCGCGAGGUCGCUGGGCUUCGCCGACCCCAGGUGCCUGCAGAGCAUGGUCAUCUGCAAGCAGCCUGAGAUCGGGGGCGCCGUCCCGCCGCACCAGGAUAGCACCUUCCUGUACACGAACCCGCCGAGCGCCGUCGGGUUCUGGUACGCGCUUGAGGACGCGACGCUGGAGAAUGGUUGUCUGAGCUUCCUGCCCGGCUCACACAAGUGGGCUCCCAUCUCAAAACGACUCGUCCGCAAGGCAGGAAAUGCCGGAACAGAGAUGGCCACUAACGAGGGGCCGAGAUUCCCUCCUGGCGAGGAGUAUGGCGAGAGGGCGGACACGCCGGCCAGGGAUGAGGACUACAUCCCUGGAGAGGUCAAGGCUGGGUCGCUGGUGCUCAUCCACGGCAACAUCCUCCACAAGAGCGAGAAGAACCUCAGCCAGAAGGGCAGGAUUAUCUACACUUUCCACAUCAUCGAGGGAGGGUCAGAAAGGCCGUACGACGAGAAGAACUGGCUGCAGCCACCGGCAGAGGGCUUCACGAAGCUGUACUCUUGA